GCGAUUGGAUUUCGGUGUCCGUGACGUCACCCAAGGCGAUAAGAACGUCGCUAUGACGCAACGAUGGGCAUUGUUGUCAUCGCUCUGACAGAUGGCGGACUACCGCGGCGCGCAGCAGCCGAGCUCGGUCCACUGCACGGUCGUGCCUGGCAGCGAUGGCACGAAAUACAUCUGCUACAGUAGCAGGAGGAGAGGAGAGUCUAAUAUUGGUCUGACCAAUGGCUCAGAAGUCUGGAGCACAGAGUUUACCCCCGAGAUGCUGGCCCAGCACAGGCAGAGGUUCGAGAUGAGGACGGCAGCUGACUACAUCUUGAAGAUCAGGUCAGCGUGUGAGGGGCACCUGGCCUCGCUCCUGGUCCAGGACAGUGGGAUUACUCUGGAGCUGGGCGGCCCGGGGCCUGGGGCCCUGACUCUGUCCCUGACCAGGCUGCAGGACCCCGAGGGCCGAGAAGAGAUCAGAGGGCUGCUGUUCAGCAUGGCUGAGAGGCUAAGGGAAGUGGAGAGCACAGCCCAGUCCUUCAGCCCAGUGAAGACGCAGCAGCGAUGCUCCUCGGGUGAGACAGACUUUGAGCCGAGGAGAAGGCACAACGGGGGCGGGGCUUCAGCCGCUGUCAAGAAGCGUCUCCCUGGAGAUUCGCUCAUCAAUCCCGGGACUAAAAGGAAGAAAGAGGCGAGUGGUGUGGAUUUCGACGAUGGGGAGGACAUCUGAGGAGGAGGAGGAGGAGGAGGAGGGGGGGGGACUGGUUUGCUUCUGCUCUGCGGACAGGCACGGCGGGCAGCGGGCAGUUAUCGGAGCUCGGUCCGGCUCGGCACUGGACCGCCACUCCCAGGUGGAGCUGCAUUCCAGCCGUCCGCAAUGUUGUCAGGGGUACAUCCAGCGCCAAGGAAAGAUGAGGUCUCCGGGAGAGCAGGAGGAAUAGAUGGACUCUGAAGGCCACGCGGCUUUUCCUCAGGCCUGCUUUUUAAAAAUGUUAUCUGGGUCACAGCUAAACACGUUGAACUGCGAGAACACCAACCACGAAGGAAGGCAACUGCGUUUUUGGACUUUUUAAUCAUGAUAAGCACUUGCGUACCGAAAUUGCUAAGCACAGACACGGUUACAAUGGCCUACAAUCAUGUAAUAAAUUGUGUCUUCACGGCUGCAAUAAAGAUGAACAGCCUGCAACCAGA